AUGACCAUCACUCGUGUCCAGGAUUUUGAUAGAUUGCAUAAUAGGUGGAGGUCCAGCUAUGAGGAGCAGCUGAGAGGUCGUGUUCCAGGUACAUUAUCUGAGCACCCUCAAGAGCUCCCAUUACACUCAUCACCCUCAAGAGCUCCUGAUUACACCUCAUCACCCUCAAGAGCUCCUGAUUACACUCCUCAUCACCCUCAAGAGCUCCCAUUACACUCAUCACCUCAAGAGCUCCAUUACACUCCAUCACCCUCAAGAGCUCCCAUUACACUCCAGCACCCUCAAGAGCUCCCAUUACACUCAGCACCCUCAAGAGCUCCCAUUACACUCAAUACCCCUCAAGAGCUCCCCGAUUACACUCUCAUCACCUCAAGAGCUCCUGAUUACACUCUCAUCACCUCAAGAGCUCCCAUUACACUCAUCACCCCUCAAGAGCUCCCAUACACCCAUCACCCUCAAGAGCUCCCACACACCUCAUCACCCUCAAGAGCUCCCACACUCAGCACCCUCAAGAGCCUUCCCCAUUACACCCAUCACCCCUCAAGAGCCCUGAUUACACUCAUCACCUCAAGAGCUCCCCAUUACACUCAGCACCCUCAAGAGCUUCCCACACACCUCAGCACCCUCAAGAGCUCCCCAUUACACUCAGCACCCCUCAAGAGCUCCCAUUACACUCAGCACCCUCAAGAGCUCCCCAUUACACUCAGCACCCCUCACACUCCCACACUCAGCAUCAAGAGCUCCCCACACUGCACUCAAGAGCCCCCACACUCAGCACCCCUCAAGAACUCCCCCAUUACACUCAGCACCCCUCAAGAGCCCCAUUACACUCAGCACCCUCAGAGCUCCCCAUUACACUCAGCACCCUCAAGAGCUCCCCAUUACACUCAAGAACCUCUCCUCAUACACUCAGCACCCUCAAGAAGUCCCAUUACACUCUCAGGCACCCCUAAGAAGUCCCCAUUACACUCAGCACCCUCAAGAGCUCCCCACAUACCUAGCACCCUAGUCCCCAUUACACUCAGCACCCUCAAGAGCUCCCCAUUACACUCAGCACCCCUCAAGAGCUCCCCAUUACACUCAGCACCCUCAAGAGUUCCCCAUUACACUCAGCCAUUACACUCAGCACCCCCAAGAGCUCCCCAUUACACUCAGCACCCCACAAGAUCUCCCCCCCAUACCAGCACCCUCAAGAGCUCCCCCACUAUACUCAGCACCCCUCAAGAGCCUCCCAUUACACUCAGCACCCUCAAGAGCUCCCCUUACACUCAGCCAUUACACCCAGCACCCCUCAAGAGCUCACACACUCAGCCAUUACACUCAGCACCCUCAAGAGCUCCCCACACCUGCCACACCUCAGCACCCCUCAAGAGCUCCCCAUUACACUCAGCCAUUACACUCAGCACCCUCAAGAGCCCCAUUACACUCCAGCCACACACUCAGCACCCCAGAGCUCCCCCAUUACACUCAGCACCCCUCAAGAGCUCCCCAUUACACUCAGCCAUUACACCAGCACCUCAAGAGCUCCCCCAUUACACUCAGCACCCUCAAGAGCUCCUACACACACCAGCCAUUACACUCAGCACCCCUCAAGAGCUCCCCCAUUACACUCAGCCAUUACACUCAGCACCCCUCAAGAGCUCCCCAUUACACUCAGCCAUUACACUCAGCACCCUCAAGAGCUCCCCAUUACACUCCAGCCAUUACACUCAGCACCCUCAAGAGCUCCCCAUUACAGUCAGCCACACUCGGCACCCCUCAAGAGCCCCCAUUACAUCAGCCACACACUCAGCACCCCUCAAGAGCUCCCCAUUACACUCAGUAGCCAUUACACUCAGCACUUGA